GCUCCCUUCUUGCUUAGACCAUUUACUAGCCUUUCUGUUCGCUGGCGCUGUCGUCGACGACGACCACAUGCCCAAUCUGAUGUCUACCGUCAUCGACGGUCACGACGUGCUAGCGACUAAUGACCAUAUUCUAGGCCAUCAUGACUCUCACACAAAUGACGCCGACAUUCACGACCUCAGCAUCCCGGGUGCUCACUUUCACAACUCUAUUGCCAGCAGUAUCCCUGUAUCUAUUAAUGGUUCCCACAAUGUGUAUUAUAACUCUUACGCUGAUUCUUCCUGCGCUUCCUACCCGGACAUCGGUCCAUAUCCCUACCCCUUGCAGCAAGGUCAUGUACCGGAUACUCAACUCGACCUUCAAUAUAUCCUAACCUCGGAUAUGUCACAUUCCCACUCCAAUGAUUUCGUACAUGACCAUUCCCAGUUGCAAACAAAGCAAUUUCACCAAUCGCAGGAUAUCUCAUCCAUUGGUCCACCUUCUGACCCUGAAGCUCAGUCCUCUCCCUCUAUUUCAUCUUCAGCCAGCUUUGCACAUGCUCUACACGAUUUAUCCCGUUCCCCAGAUAAUGCCCAAACACCAUAUACUUGUCCAUCUUCACCCCCAAAAGUUGCCAGAUACGCUCACGCCAUGCUACCACCUAUUGUCCACUCAAGUCCCUCAAAUGCUAGAAAGGACGAGACAGAUAGCCGUUCCAUUAACAAACGCCUAAACGCCGGCUCUGCAUCACAAGUAGACCCCUAUGCAUCUGCAUUUUUGCGCGACCAACUUGGGGAAGCAAAAUGGAACACGUUUUAUGCGCGGUUAUUCGAACGGAGGCUCGGUCCCAUCAAGUCAAAGAUGCGAGUCAAAAGCAAUAAAGGUACUGGAGGCGGUGAACUCACUACUUCCAGUCCUGGCGCCACAGCAAUUGAUUUUCUCAUCAAAGUCGAGGUAGUCAAAGAAGUACUGCGCACAUACGUUCCACAUCCGUAUAACCCGCUCAAGUCCCUAACGCAUCCAUUUCAGGGAUCUCCGUCAGGAUCCGUUACCCUCACUCGCUCCACCAUCCUCGCUUUAUCUGGUUGGUCUAACACGCAGUUCUCAUAUUGGGCUCGUCGCUCUGAAGGCAUCUCUGUCCUAAGAGAUCACGAUGAGCGUUUACACGCAGUCGCAGUCGCCCUGGAGAAGCGCUUGAGGCAAGGCGGGGUCCUCCAAGACUUACCCGAAGAUGAUACCCUCAGUUCCCUUACCUAUGGCCACGUAGCGGAGUCCUCGCCAAACGUCACCGGCAAAGGUCUUGACAUCAUCGUUGAGGAUGUAAAGAAACGUACAGGACUCAGUCCAUUCCUCCGCGGCAAGCAUUCUUCCCUUGAUCCGUUUGGUUCUACAAACGGUGACAAGGAUACGGGACCUGGUCCCCCGUCUGGCCCUCCUUCGGGACCUGUGUACAUGCCAACCUUCCAGGCAAUGGAAUAUUCUCAUUCUCCUCCAGUGUCUACCGAACCUCCUCGUCGACCCAAGAAGAAGAGGCGAACGAGCGCUGCUGAGUCAAUAUCUUCGCAUGCCGGUUCUAGCGUAGCUCAUACUGAGCUGGUGGCCGGCCCAGGUCAGUUAGGAUACGCGAUGGAGUCGGAUAUCAAAUCCGACAUAGUUCAUGCGAUGUCACCUGAUGCGGCAUCGCCAGCUUCGCUUUCGGCAUCUCGUCCGCUCCCUCGCUCGCUUGGCACCUCCGUCAUGGAUGAUGCCAUUGGUGCCUAUCAACUUCCACUCCAGAGCAGCAUGAUGGAUGACGUGGUGGAGAACGCCAAUAGGGAAUAUUUCCCUGUAUCAGAUUCUCGUUCUGACCUUGAUGGGUUGCGCCACAAGCGACCAUUUUUGUAUUCUGACCUAUCCAUGGAGACGCGACAAAGACUCAGCGUCUAAUUGUUGACAGGUUCCAUGCCACGAUGUGCAUGCUGUCUCCAAUCUUUCGGCUUAUGAAGUUCACGUGUCUCUCAGGACUCUUCCAGUGCAUGCUUCCCUUCUCGCUUUGCUUUAUCAAUGCCCCUCCAUCAUAUGCCCAUCCACUUUACCUGAUCAGUCUACCUCAGCUUUCUAAUUCUUGUACUACCAUCAGGAACCAUGUUCAGAAAAUUUAUCAAACACCACCCUAGCUACGUACGAUACGGAUCAUAUCUCAUUGCAGUACCUUUUCUGUGGCUUGCCCACUUGUAGUUUCUCGUGUAGUUUUAGAGCAUCGUUCGGCAAACCCCCAGUUGUAAUAACCACAUACAAACACGUCACCACCUUGCUUC